UCGAUUUGAGAGUGACACUGAGUUUCGGCAGAAGUGCGACACACUUCGCACUUGGUCGUUCUUUCUUCUUCAAUCCUUCAGUUAUUGUUAAAAAAUGCUGAAGGAGUCGCUCAUAAUUUUCACCCUCGCUGCACUUGCAGCAGCUGAUUUGGGUUUUUAUUUUACGGAAAUUACCGCUGAUCAGGAUUAUAUUGUCAAGCAGAAGAAGAUUUACCAGCUCUUCUAUCAUGUCUCGCAAUCUAACAUUGUUAAUCAAGAAUUGUUCAAAGAGGGGCAGGAGUACAGCAUCGAGGCGAACAUCGAUUCUUACACCAACAAGGAUGCAGUGAAUCAUUUCAUAGAGCUGUACAAAUUUGGAUUCCUUCCAAGGGGCGAGAUAUUCUCUCUUUAUUAUCCUAAACAAUUAGAAGAGAUGAGAUCCCUUUUCAAGCUCUUCUUUUACUCCAAGGAUUUUGAAACGUUCUACAAGACGGCCCUGUGGGCUCGCAAUAAUAUCAACGAGGGACAAUUUUUCUGUGCCCUUUAUCAGGCAGUUAUUCGUCGACCUGACACAGUUUUCAUUCAACUUCCACCGCCCUAUGAAUUUUAUCCAUACGCUUUCUUCAACACUGAAGUCAUCGAAGCAGCGAAGAACGCCAAAAUUUAUAACAAAUUGACCGAGAGCAAUUCGUACGUGAUUUUUGGAAAUUACUCCGGUUGGUACUUGCACCGAGACUACGAUCCCGAGACGAAGUUGCAGUACUUCACUGAGGACAUCGGCCUGAAUGCCUUCUACUUCUUCUUCCGUCAGGACAAUCCCUGGUGGCUCGGCAGUGAUGAAUUCGGACUUGCCAAAUCGUACAGGGGUGAAGAGUACCUUUAUAGCCACGUCCAGCUUCUCAAUCGGUACAACCUCGAGCGAUUGGCAAAUGGGCUGGAAAGGGUUGAGAACUUCCUCUGGGAUGGGCAAUUCUAUCCCGGAUACUAUCCAACGAUGAUUUAUCAUAAUGGACUGCCGUAUCCCCAGCGUCCGGCUAAUUCCAAAAUUCCUGAGUACAAAUACAAGUUCUUAUACCGUAUUCACGAUCUUGAGUCAAGGAUAUCUGCAGCGAUUGAUUUGGGGUACGUAAUCGAUGCGGACGGAACACAUCACAAGAUUUACACACCCGAGGGUUUGAAUUUAAUUGGAAACAUCAUUGAGGGCAAUAUGGACACCUGCAACAAGAACUACUACGGUAAUCUCGAUGUAUUUGGAAGGAAAGUUCUCGGCUUCAACCUGGAACCCAUUGAUCCAUAUCGAAUUACUCCAAGUGCAAUUGAGUCGGUGGCCUCCUGCCUGAGAGAUCCAGCAUUCUAUCGUUUCUAUCAGCGAUUAAUGUACUUUUAUUAUAAAUACAAGGCCCACAUGAAACCGUACACCAAAGAGGAGAUCAUCUUCCCUGGGUUGAAGUUCGAGUCAAUAGCUGUCGACAAACUGGUGACUUACUUCGAUCAAUUCGAUACGACAAUCAGCAAUGGACUUCCCAUAGCCAGUCAACAGGAGGCUGAUAAUUUCUUGAUAAAAAUUCGACAGUACAGGUUGAAUAAUAAACAUUUUACUGUUCACUUCAGUUUGAAUUCGGAUAAAGCCCAGAAAGUUGCUAUUCAGCUAUUCCUGGGGCCCAAGUAUGACACGCAUCAUCAUCCCCUCGACUUCAGCAAAAUCUACAAAUCAUUCUAUCAGCUUGAUUACUGGAUUACUGACGUGAACGCUGGUACGAACAAACUGGAACGCGUGAGCCAUGAUUUCUUUUUCGCAAUGGCUGAUCGUGAUCCCACCGAGAUCACGUAUAAGCGACUGGAAAAAUCCAUGGAAGGAACCGAAAAAUUCAUCUACAAACAGAGUCUGUACGGUUUCCCUGAGCGCCUGCUCUUGCCAAAGGGAUCACGUUCUGGUACUGUCUACCAGCUCUUUGCCUACGUCAGCCCAGUGACCAAUCCUAUUAUGUACAAGUCCCGGGUCUUUGGCUACUACGAAUACGAUCAGAAACCCAUCGGCUUCCCGCUGGACAGACCAAUCUACGAGCCCCACUUCCAGGGACCCAACAUGUUCUUCAAGAACGUCUCCAUUUAUCUGAAAUUCGACGUUGAUCCCAAUGCAACCACAUAAAUUCCAUUUCUAAUCCUUCAAUUUCAUAAAUUAGUGAGAAUUUCACUGGACAUGUACCCCUGUAUCAAUAAAUGAAUAAUAAAUAAAUCAAUGGAUUUGUUAAA